CAUGGCAAAGUGACACAAGUUCUGUAGAGAAAAAGGCUGAAGUGACAGUUGGUGUAAGGAGAUCUGAGACUGAAGACAACCCCUCCCCCCUCACCACCACCACCCAGCGGGUGGCAGAGGAGCAGGACAGUGUACCAACACAGAGUUCAAAAGAAAGAGAUCUGAGUCUGCAGACCCCCUGGGUGGCACCGGAGCAGUGCGCACAGCCUCAGCCACAAGGGCAGGGACUAUUGAGUUUGAACAGCCAGAAAGCCUGAUGGCAGUGAUGAUGCUGGACGGGGUCUAGACCUGGACAGAUCCGAGACAGGCAGGAGAACUCUCCCCAGCAGCGGCUCCGGGCUGGGUGACAUUGGAGAGGACGGUACUCCAUGCGUAAUCCAGGGCGCACAGGUGCUCUCCAAGGUGCUGAAUGAGCCAGAGCCACCGGGUCGCACACUCUGCUAUUGCUGCUGCUCAGAGCCUGGUCCUCAGAGACUCCUGGAGGAGAGGAUGAGAUGUGCCAGUGGGUGACCCCCUGCUUUGGCUGCUGUGUUUGAGGAGAGAUCACAGCUUCUUCUUCUUCUUUCAGCCUCUCCAUCACAGCUGAAGCGCCACAGACAGCACUCUCCCUCCUUUCCCAUCGAUUUUUCCAUCAUUGCGUUGGUUAAGGAGCAGAAACCCUCUAUUGAUUUUUUUUCCCCAACAGCUCCUGGCCACCCAGUUCCUUGUCUCUAACUAGGAAUUGCAAUAGUUGGGACUUUUGGAAAGCUCCGCUGGAAAGUUGGAUGGGGAACCUGCCACCCGGCCACUCUGCGACAUCCAGUUGACUUGGGGAUUAAUAAAUUAACAAACCCUUCUUUUUUCGCCCACAAGAUCUUCUUGGGACGGUAACUGAGGCUCAAUGUUAUUCUGACACUCACAAGGAGGCUGGCAUGGAAGGGUCCAACGGAUUUGGGAUUGACACCAUUCUGUCCCAUAGAGCCGGCAGCCCAGGGCUGGCUCAGGGGGACCUAUUGAUGGGGGACCCCAGGUCACCCCUGGAGCUGAGUCCAAGGUCUGAAGUCAGCAGCGUCUGUUCCUCCCCUCCGUCCCCAUCCCGGGAGUGUUUGGAGGCUGUCAGCGCCAGGCAAGGGGUCGCUUUAGCCAUUGAGUCCCACCUUCAGCCAGGAGUCCAGCUCUCUGCCCCCUCACAGUCCAGGACAGUCACCUCUUCCUUUUUAAUUCGGGACAUUUUGGCAGACUGCAAGCCCUUAGCCACCUGCGCACCCUACUCUAGUAAUGGGCAACCAGCUCAGGACCUGACCCAUUGCUUGUCCAGCAAAGUUGGAGAAGACUAUAGGGACAAGAGCAGUAGUUCCACAUCCUCAGAUUCUGAAUACAAAGGUAAAGUGAAGGAGGAGGGGGACCGGGAGAUCUCCAGCUCCAGGGAUAGUCCCCCGGUGCGGCUGAAGAAGCCACGCAAAGCCCGUACCGCUUUCACAGACCAUCAGUUGGCGCAACUGGAACGGAGCUUCGAGAGGCAGAAGUACCUGAGUGUUCAGGACAGGAUGGAACUGGCGGCCUCACUCAACCUCACGGACACUCAAGUCAAGACCUGGUACCAGAAUCGGCGGACAAAGUGGAAGAGGCAGACUGCAGUAGGACUGGAGCUGCUGGCCGAAGCAGGCAAUUACUCUGCGCUACAGAGGAUGUUUCCUUCUCCGUACUUCUACCCACAAAGCCUUGUGUCCAACUUGGAUCCUGGAGCUGCCCUUUACUUAUAUAGAGGGCCGACUGCACCACCUCCGGCUUUACAGAGACCUUUGGUUCCCAGGAUCCUCAUUCAUGGACUUCAGGGUGGAGCUGAGCCACCACCAGCCCUACCUCCACUGACAGGAGUCCUUUCAAGGGCAGCACAGCCACGAUGAGAAGGUCUACGCAUGCUCUACCAGGUGCCAACUUUAGAGACUUCAGAAAGCACCAGAGAACAGGGAACCUCAACAGUGAUAGGACUGUACACUACACCUGCUUGCGAGACAGGAACAGUCCUACAAAAUCUUUGUAAAAAAGGGACCUUUCAUGCCUAAGAACAUUUUUUAAUAGUUUUUGGAGCUUAUGGAAGAUACUAGAUAUAACAUGGUUGGGCCUAUCCCCUUAUUUCUCAGAAACUGGAUACUUCAGAUGGACAAUUUAAAUGUGUGUACAUCAUGCUCAGCAUGACCUCAUAACGAUUCAUCUUAAUCUACUUAGCACCCUCUUCCAAACAGCCAGCAAUGAAACAUUUGGACAGGUUCGACAAAUGUGUUGACCUUGAAAAAUGUAAUGGUGUGAGGGGUUUUCAGGGUUCAAAGCCAGCUAUAGUUUACAAAAAUACACAAGAAAACCACUGACAGGAUUUUAUAAGUAUACACUCAUGAAUUGACCACACCGUUUUUCAUAUAAAACAGCAAAAAGAGGGACGUGAGACAAAAGUAUGUCUAAAACUUUCCCCAAAUCUGCCAGAGGCCAAAAAAACUCACUGUGAUGUCAUGUUUGUCCUCUGACAGGAAUUUGGUCAGGAAACCAAAAAUACACAAGUGCUUCCCAAAACUGGCGCAGCUCAUGUGUGACAGAAUUAAUAUUUCUUCCCAUAUUUUGCUGCUCUCUCUUGUAAUACAUCCAUGAAACGUAAACACUGCAUAAAGUACGUGAAUCCAAUGUAAAAUAGCAUAUUCGUUUGAGAUGUAAAAUUAUAUACCAGAAAUAGGUUUAAAAGUAUUUGUUAGUCAUGGGAUACAUUAAUAGGAAUCCAGUCCACUUAUCUGCAAGUUCCGCCAAUCGAAGUAGAAAUAUUGUAUUUUUGUUUUAACUCUCCCUGCACCCUUCACAGCAAUUCAUAACUGUUGCAGUUAUUCCUGUGGUCAUUGUGGCAUUUCACGCCAGUUUUUUCAUGGGUGAGGGGGAUUUGUGCUGCCUCCCAACCCUUGAAAGCCAUUUCUGAAUAUCCUUCUUACAUUUACAAAAGAGCAUAUACAGAAGUUAGCAUGUUGGAUGCUGAAUUGCUAUCUAGCUACAUGAAGACAACUUUCUAUUGUGCUGUGAACUGUAUGGAGCACGACUGGCUUCCAGUUUUACACAGUUACUAUACCAUAGAAGAGGAAGUUAGGAAUGCAAAAGAAAAUUGACAGCUCCAUAGACUAUUAUCAGGUUAAAUAUCAGAUCUCCCAUGGUCUAAAAACCUUUGCAUCUAAAUUCCUAUUUUGUUUUGUCCCUCAAAGUCAAAGGACAGCAAGAUAUGACUUUUCAUGUGCUGUGAAAUUAUAAGUCCCAGUAUGCCGACCAUGGCUUACUGGGACUUGUAGUUCUACAACAUUCCAAUAGUAACAGCUUGCCUCUUCACUAAGCGAUACAGUUCCGGAAAACCUCACCUUUACACUGAAUAUAACUAAGUUGUGAUUCUUCUAAAUUAAUUCAGCUUCAUUUCUGAGAAAUAAGUAAGACGGAUAAUGAUUACUAGUCUUAUGUCUGUAUAUAGCCCUUUGUAUAUUUCCAUACCCAUGUCUACCUAUUUAUAAAGAUCGCCAUUAAUUAUGAUUUGUCCGAUGAAAAAAAUCUGAACGACAAAGAAAUGUAAAGAAUAGAUAUCUGUUAACCUCUCUCGUACCCCGAUUGCUAAUAGUGUGCACAGAUUACAUAAAAUGGUCAGAUAACCUGCAUUCAAUGAGGAAACCACUCCUGAUUUUUUACUGAAGAUUACCACAUGAAUCACCGGGACAUUUUAUCAUGGGGGCAGAAAAUUGUGUGAUAGAAAAGGACAUUUACAUCAAAUUGAGAUAUUCCUCAUAAAGUGUCACAUUUUGCCUGUUUCGAUAGCAGAGGCAGCCAUUUUGUGAGUUGAACCAAUCUUCUUAAGAAUGUAGUUUCUGAAUUAAUUGGAACUUGGUAAGGCAGCAACGUUAAAGGGAACAGUGACAUCACUGAGGGUCGCUAGGUCUGCAGUGGUUCCCUGGGUGCUGAUAGGUUGCAAUUAUAUAAAGAUUGGAUGGACCUAGAAAUCGCACUCGCCACCAUGUGUAAGCAGCUGGUGUAUAAGAUAAUUUACAUAUAAUUAUACACAAUAAAACCACCAGGCACUUGUUAUUUAUUCAAAAUUGGAAUUAAUAUAGCAAAUCUAUAUGCAUAUUCUGGCUAUGUACAGCAUCAAAAGAAAUCACAUGAUCUUAAAUGUAUAUUGUUUGUAUUUUAUUCAGAAAUAAUGGACUAAAAUCUAGUAAUGUCAAUGUUUACAAGCAAAUAGAUUUUUUUUUUUGCUUUGGGUGAGAUGUAUCACACCUUCGGGAAAGACAAAAUGGAGGAAUUGUCUAAAACAACCAAUCAGCUUAUGGCUAUCAUUUAUCUAUCACCAUCUAUUAAAUGAUAGCUAGCAGCUGGUAAGUUGCAUCUUCUCUACUUUAUUUCUUGAAGAUUUGCUAUAGCUACCCCUUUGGCACGGAAGAGGUUAACACUUUCUAUAAGCCACACAGAAGUGUAUAUAUAUUUUCUAAAUCCCAUGGACAGUCCACCGUUAUUUAUUCUCUGUUCAAUGAAUUUAUUGGUAAUAUUUAAA